CGUUUCCGGGUUGGAGGCGGGGAGCGGUGCCGGAAGUGCUUGGGGAGGGCCGCGCAGUCGGACCGGCUGCUGAGACGAACGCUUCACUGGGGCAGUCUCCGCAUAUCAUGGGGAGAUAGACGCUGCUGCCUUUGAUUGGCCUUGGUCCUCACAGCUCUAAAAAGAAGCAGGAUCUUGAUAAGCUCUAUGAGUUGAAGUCUAAAGCUCGGCAGAUUAUGAACCAGUUUGGCCCCUCAGCGCUAAUCAACCUCUCCAGUUUCUCAUCUAUAAAACCAGAACCAGCCAGCACCCCGCCACAAGGCUCCAUGGCCAAUAGCACCACCGUAGGAAAGAUAGCAGGCACUCCUGGGACAGGCGGCCGUCUCAGCCCUGAAAACAACCAGGUAUUGACCAAGAAGAAAUUACAAGACCUAGUAAGAGAAGUGGAUCCUAAUGAGCAGCUGGAUGAAGAUGUGGAAGAGAUGCUGCUACAGAUCGCUGAUGAUUUUAUUGAGAGUGUGGUGACGGCUGCCUGCCAGCUUGCUCGGCACCGCAAGUCCAGCACCCUGGAGGUGAAAGACGUCCAGCUGCAUCUAGAGCGCCAGUGGAACAUGUGGAUCCCAGGAUUUGGCUCUGAGGAAAUCCGACCUUACAAAAAAGCUUGUACCACAGAAGCUCACAAACAGAGAAUGGCAUUGAUCCGGAAAACAACCAAGAAAUAACACAGGGAACGGUCAGGGAAUGGACGACAUGUAUUUGGAGAUACUUGAGCUGAGACCUCAGCCAUCUCAUCCUUGGAUUUUUUUUUAAAUGCUUUACAGAGAAGCAUAUAUUUUUUAUUAACAGUGCAGCAAUAUCUAUAAUGACUGAGAAGAUCUGCCAAAAGAAUAAAACCUCCUACCCCACCUUCUGGUCCCUUUUCCUGCCGUCUCAAAGAGAAGCAGUGUAUCGACCGGAGAAGAUUUUGCCUGUGGUUUAUUAUAUAAGUGAUUGGCUGUAGGAAGAGCAUUUUGGUCGUGUUGAGUGAGACAGUGUUAGCAGGUUUGUAGAGGGUUUGUCUCCUCCUUCCCCCAUCCCUUUACUUUGUAAUGUCAGUGUUUAUAUGAGAAUGAACUUGAUUUGCUUU